CCCAUUUAAUAGGGUCACUCGCCAGGAGUGGACUGUCCCUUUAAAAGAUCCCACAACAGAGGCAGAUUGUGGUCACGUGAUCGCGCACGACGUCCAUGCGCCACCCUGACGUCACGCCGCAAAGGGCAGCCCAGUAGGUGAGAGGAAUGGCGGCGCAAUUCAAGGACAUUAACGGCCGCGACAUCGUCUUCGAUCAACAGCAUCACUCUCCACUGUGCCGCGAAUUUACUGUCGUCUCUCCGAAGUUAUCGCUGCGCUCUGUACUCGGAUACACCGCCUUCACCUGGCUGGUCGCCUACUCCAUCUUCUACAGCACGCAGAAUACUUCCGUGCUCUCGGCCACCAUUAUUAUCACUCUCCUUGGGAUGAUCCUGCACCUCCAUUUUUGUAAAGUCGAUCAAGAGUCCAUGCUGAUUAUUGGAUCGAUUGGAGUCCAGAUGAACACCUUGUAUGCCUCAGGCAGAGAGCACGUGAACUUCAUUGAGAUGAAGAAAGUGAAGGAUAUUGUAAUCAACGAAGGCUUUCAUAUGCAGAAGGUUAUCUACUACCUGUGUAUACUACUGAUUGACCCAGAAAGCCCUCGAGGAGUGUCUGAGGUGGUGCCAGUGUUCCAGAGUGCAAAACCACGUCUGGAUUGUUUGUCCCAGGUGUACAGAAGCUGUCAGGAAAUCUUACAACAGACACAGGUUGAUCAAUGAACUUGUUGCUAUUGAAGGACAACCUUCUGUUUCAAGACAGGGAUCCAGAUGACAGAACAUAUUUUAAAACUACCCGUUUAAAAUAUUUGCACCAAAGGACUCUUGCAACCAAUUAGCCAAACGGCUUUGAAGACUUGCCACUGCUUGCAUUAAUCAAAGAGGUGACUCACCAGAUACAAAGCAUCAAGCCACCAUUCAUUGCUAUUACUGGUGACUAGUAUGUUGUAGGAUAUUUUGGGAUACAUCUUGAAGGACAUUUUCUUCCUUACUUUGAGAAUUCUGCAAAACAUUGGCUAUAGAGUUGGUGAGAGUGGCGGGCCAAAGGAUUUUUUUUGCCAAAGUGGCAGUAAUAAAGAAAGGCUUGCAUUCGUGAUCUAAGGAUGUGCCAGAACACUUUGCAGCCAAAGAAGUGCUUUUGAAAUGUAGCCACUGUUGCGUUUUAUAAUAGUAUAGCAGUCGAUUUCACAGCAAUCUCCCACAAGCUGCUUUAGAUGAUGUGUAAUGUUGGCUUAGAGUUAAACAUUGACCAUACCAGCGAGAAGCUUUCCUGUUCCUUUUUGAAAUACUGCCACAUGAUCACGGACAUCAAUUUAAGAGAUUAAAUAGGGGUUUAAUGUUUCAUCUGAAAGGCAGUGCAUUUGAACUAGUACUGGAGCAGAGAGUCAGCCAACAUUAUGUGUUCAAGAGUAAAGCUGGUAAAGAAUUUCUUUAUGGAGAUCUGUGCUUAAUGUUCCAUCUACUGAUGUCUAAUUCUUUGGUUUGCAUCAAACUAUUGUUUUAAUUAUUUGUUUGGUGGAGGAGGUUCAUUUUAAGGCUUUUUUUAAAAUGGGUGACCGUGGUGCAGUAGGUAGAUGUGCUACCUCACAUCUCCAGUGACCUGAGUUCGAUCCUGACAUCUGGUGCCGUCACCCUACAACUGCAUGAGUUUCCUCCGGGUGCUCUGGUUUCCUCACACUUUCCAAAGACAUGCUAGUUGGUGGGUUAAUUGGCCGCUGUAAGUUGCCCCCUAUUCUUCGUGGGUGGCAGGAGGAUCAGAGUUGAUGGGAAUGAGAGAGAGAAUAGGUCACAGGGAUUAAGAAGAAUGGGGUUUCUCUGAGAGACAACAUAGACUCUGGGCUGAAUGAUCUAUGUUGUAAAGAAAUAUGGAAAAUGAAUGUAAGGUAUACUGACUUGAGUGAAGAUUAAAGGCUAAUUAUGCUUACCAACUUUGGCUGGCAGCGCCAUGUUGUAAUUAAAGAAAUACAGCCAAACUGUACUGAGAGACCUUCAACAGAAACUGAGUGUGCCUUGCUGUUGAUAAUGUAGUGCCCACCAACCUGGUUUCCUUACUGGGCUUGAAGAUGCAACAUUGGAGGUGACAACAUAAUUCUGUAUGCAAACAAGAAAGCGGAGCUUCUGUUUAUUCUGAUCCAGUUCUCUGAAGCCGGUGUACUCCACAAUUUCCAGACAGCAGUGAGCUCGGUUUUACUUGUGAAGUGAAACUGAGAACAUGGCUCUCUCAAACAGCCUGUGUAAAUCACCCAGACUGGAGGUUAGAAUAAACAUUUGAAGUGUCAGUGCUUUUUGAUGGGAAGUGUUGAAAUGGAGUCACAGUCUAUGUCUAAAUGUGUAUGGAGGUGUUAAUAUAUAGGUGGUGGGGUGGGCAUGAUAUGGGAGGUGGCUGUGAACAAGCAAGACACAUGCAUUGGAUAUUGGGAAUCAGUGCAAGGUCUUGAGCAGCUGAUACUGUUGCUGGGGCAUUCUAAUGAUGGGUAAUAGCUCAAAAGUUUAGAGGGGAGUGUGUGUGUGUGUGUGUGUGUGUGAAUAUAUGGAUGACAGGAAGCUGUCCUCAAAGGGACCUCUCAACCAUACACUCUGUAUAUGAAGCUCCCUCUUUUCCGGUGGGCAGUAGAAGUGGUUACUCUAUCGAGGUGUGUGAUAUGGAAAAAUCUUUACAUGGAGUUGAUCUUGGCUGUAAAACAGUUUAUAAAUACAUAAUUUAAAAAAACUAA